CAAAUGCUGUCCCCGCUUAUCGACCUUCGCAUCUCUCCCAGUAGCAGCACGAGUGUUUUGGCGAAGUAUCUAAAAGCUGAUGAUGUUUUGUAGAGUUUCAAGGUAUGCCUUCCCCAAAUUUCUUCUCUUCUCUGUAUCGUCUUCGUCUUCAUUACUUCUUUCUCCUUCAAUUGCCCUAACUCUCCACUUCUGUCUCCAUUCCAAUUCCACCCAUCCUCGGAGCGUUGAGGAGGUUAUCUCUUCUUUUAAUCGCUUGCUUCAUGUGCGCCCUCCACCCUCUAUUAUGCAAAUUAAUAAGAUUUUAGGAUCUGUUGCAAAGUUGAAACAUCAUCGAACUGUUAUCCCCCUUUUCGCACAAGCGGAAUCCAAGGGAUUCACGCCAGAUUUAGUCACUCUUAGCAUCUUGAUUAAUUGUUACUGCCAUGUGGGUCAAAUGACUUUUGCUUUCUCUUCCUUGGGGAAGAUUCUCAAGAUGGGCUGUCAACCAAAUACGAUUACUCUGACUACACUUAUGAAGGGCUUUUGCAUCAAUAAUGACGUUGGGAACGCCUUAGAUUUUCAUGAUGAUCUUAUAGCAAAAGGGUUUCAGUUAAAUGAAGUUAGUUAUGGCACCCUCAUUAAUGGGCUUUGUAAGUCUGGGAAAACAAGAUGUGCGGUCAAAUUGCUCCGAAAGAUGGCCAGAGGGCAGGUUAAACCUGAUUUGAUCAUGUAUAGUACAAUUAUUGAUGGCUUUUGCAAGGAAAGACUGAUAAAUGAAGCAAGUGAUUUAUUUCACGAAAUGAUUGACCAUGGAAUUUCUCCAAAUGUUGUGACCUACAAUUCUCUGUUAUAUGGUUUUUGUUUCAUGAAUUACUGGUCAGAAGUUGCAAAAUUGUUUAAUCAAAUGAUAAUCAAAGGCAUGAACCCUGAUGUUCAUACUUUUUCUAUAUUGGUCGAUGCAUUUUGUAAGGAAGGAAUUGUAACCAAAGCUGAAGCUAUUGUUGGCAUGAUGGUGAAGUAUGGUAUAAAACCCGAUGUAGUUACUUACAACACUUUAAUGGAUGGGUAUUGUUUGAUCAAUAAUCUUGGUGAGUCAAGGGAAUUGUUCAAUAAGAUGGUCAAGAGUGGUUUGGCUCCAGAUAUUAUUAGUUAUAAUAUUUUGAUUAAUGGACUUUGUAAAAUCAAGAUGGUUGAUGAUGCCUUCAACCUCUAUAAAGAAAUGAAGCGUAGAAAUUUGUUCCCCACUAUUGUCACAUACAGCUCUCUUGUUGAUGGUUUGUGCAAAUCAGGGAAAUUGUCACUAGUGCAGGAUAUUAUUUAUGAGAUGCAUGCAAGUAGUUGUGCCCCUGAUAUCAUAUUUUAUAAUAUCUUAUUUGAUGGACUGUGCAAAAGUCAUCAUCUUGAUGAGGCGAUUGCCUUAUUUCAGAGAAUUGUUCACCAAGGAAUUCGGCCUAGCAUGCAUACGUACACUAUACUUAUCCAUGGUUUGUGCAAAGAUAAUAGAGUAAAUGAUGCGUGGCAGAUUUUUCAAUAUCUCUUGGCUAGUGGCCAUCCUUUAAAUGUCCAGGCUCAUAAUGCUAUGAUCAACGGACUUUGUAAAGAGGGUUUGUUUGAUGAGGCAAAGGCCUUGCUGUAUAAAAUGAAAGAGAAUGGGUGCUCACCUAAUUUUGUAACUUUGGAUACAAUUAUUAGACCUCUUUUGGAAAAGGGUGAGAAUGAUAAGGCAAAGGAUCUUCUUGAUGAAAUGCUCACUAGAGGUUGGCUAUAGUGAUAAAAGAAAGUUAGAUAGUUUUCUCCCCAUCUAUUUAACUGUUGAUAGUUAUGUUUAGAUAUUAUGUUUGAUACAUACAUAAUUAAUGAGUGUACUUUUAAAUAUUCAGCUUUCAUUCUUCUUGUAUUUGCAUGUGCUUUUAAAGAUUUAUGCCAGCUGAUGCAACAUUGGAAGGUUGCUAGCAUGGCAUAUGCAUGCCAGACUCAGCACCAAUGGGUGGUUGGGGUACAUGUGAAUGGAGGCUGUCAAUGGAAUUGGGGUUUAUUUCAACAUAGAUUUCCCAAAGCACUUGUAAAGAUUUCAACAUAAACUCCUCCUUGUAAUGAUCAAAUUGAAACUCUUCGUAAUUGGAUUCACUUAUGCCAUUAGCUUAAGUGUACUGUUGCUUCUGCUUAUGAAGCCUGAAUGAAGCACGGCUCAUGGUGCCAUUUGUGAGCUAUGUCAUGCUGCAGAUGAAGAUAUAGUCCAUAUACUUAGAAAAUUCACUCUGGCUUUCUCUAGUUGGCACAUUGUUGUUCCUCACUCUAUCCAUUUGUUCUGUGGCAUAUAUUAGGUAGCCAAGGGAACUAUGAUUUUUUUGUUUUUUAUUAAUUUUUUGUUUUAAGGAAUAUUAGGCUUCUCACUGGCUUAUGUUGGUUUUCUUCGGCAUGCCUUUUCUGAAACGGAUGAAAGUUAACCUUAAUCCUAAGAGUAGAAGCCAACAGUGGAGAGUAGCAUUUGGCAUCAUUUGUUGUUGAAUUAUGUUGGAUCUCUUCAGGAAUGGAUGAAAGUUAACGUUAAUCCUGAGAGUAGAACUGUUGAGAGUAACAUUUGGCAUCUUUUGUUGUUGGAAGCUGUGCACUGCUAAGAACUGCAGGAUUUUUGCCAAUGAAUCACACACUGCUUCAUUGUCUAGUGAAAGAAUCCCUUGUCAUCGCUCACUACACAAUCAAGGCCUGUGACUUGAAUCACCUUUCACUUACUGUGAGUGGCUCUUGACUUUUUUGGCGCUCCUCUCCUCUCCCCAUUCUCUCUGUUUUUUAUUUAAAUCUGAAUCUGAUUUAUAGCUGGGGUUUUUGCUUCCUGGGCUAACUUUAUGUAAUUAUUUUUUAAGUAAUGAUUAUUGUAUUUGAUUUUGAUCAAAUGAGACUCGAAGGCAUCAAUCCUAAUGCCUGUAUCUUUUUAUUUUGUAAAGAAGGAAGCUCCACCAAAACUGAAGCUAUUGUAGACA